AUGGAAAUAUCGAUAUUUUCUAGUGAUAGUGAUGACAGUGAUUUGGAUGUGCUGGCUCAGUUAUCCGAUUGGGAUACUGAUAGCGAUGCUGAUAGUCUUGUAAUUGGUGAAGAAUUUAGGAAUCGUAAAGGUUACUUUUCCUUAAAUGUCCAAGCCAUCUGUGAUGCUGAUUUGAGAUUCAUGGAUGUGAUUGCCCGUUGGCCAGGCUCGACACAUGAUGCUACAAUAUUUAACAACUCAAUUCUUAGAGCACAAUGUGAUGCGGGUCUGUUUGGUAACCGCUGGAUGCUUGGUGACAGCGCUUACCCAAACAGGCCAUAUUUGUUAACACCUAUUAUAAAUCCUGUUACUGAGGCUGAAAAGCGCUCUAAUGAAGCACACAUAAAAACUAGAAAUGUUAUUGAAAGAACAUUUGGUGUCUGGAAGCGUCGCUUCCCUGUUGUGGCAUUAACACUGCGUUUAUCAUUGCCUAAGGUUCAGGCAAUAAUAAUUGCUACCGCAGUGUUGCACAAUAUUUGUAGGAACCACAAUUUAGAGGAAGUUCCUUCAGAAGUGGAGCUGCCAACAGCGGAAAUAAAUGAAGAAGUGUACUAUACGGAAGUUCAGAAUGUUAUUGAAAGAACAGCCCUUAUAAAUAAUUAUUUUAGAUAG